CGGCAAUAUGCGUCUCUGGAAACAUGACUUUCGGGGCAGGGCCCUGAUCAUCGCCAUCACCAUGGCCUCCUGCCAGGCCUUCCUUCUGCUGGGUUUUGACCAGGGUGUCAUGUCCGGCAUUGUGGGCGCGGACAAUCGGUUCGCCCGCGACUUCAACAACCCCGACGCGGCGAUGCAGGGCAACAUCACCGGUCUCUACGAUAUCGGCUGCGUCAUCGGAUCCAUCGUCUGCUACUUCAUCGGCGAGAGGAUGGGUCGACGGACCAUGCUCAUGACGGGUGGCUUCAUCAUGGUCAUUGGAUCUAUCAUUCUGGCCUCCUCCUAUACCUUGGCCCAGCUGCUGGUCGGCCGAAUUAUCACCGGUCUCGGGAACGGAAUGAACUCGUCCACAGCACCCGUGUACCAGAGUGAAUGUUCUCCGGCUGCAUACCGUGGUGCCCUGCUCACCCUCCAGGGAACGGUCACCAUCUUGGGUGUGGUGAUCGCCUACUGGAUGGACUACGGGACCAGCUUUACCGAUUCCUCCUACGAAUGGCGACUCCCACUGGCGUUUCAAUCGGUCUUUGCCGUCUGUCUCAUCUUCCAGGUGGUCGGUCUCCCCGAGACGCCCCGUUGGCUGGUCCAACAUGAUCGCCAUGAAGAAGCGCGUGCCGUCGUGGCUGCCAUCGAAGACACCACCAUUGAUGAUGCACGUGUCACCAAGACUAUCCUGGACAUUCAAUUUGUGCUGGAGGAAGAACAAAAGGACGGGCCCUUCCGAGUCAAGGAGCUCUUCACCUGGGGCGAGGUGCAGAACCUGCGUCGUCUCCUCAUCACCAUCACCAUCGAGCUGGGCCAACAGUUCACGGGGUCCAAUAUGAUUAAUUAUUACGGGCCUGUCAUGUUCCAGGAGACCAUGAACAUGAGCCGUAAUCUGUCGCUGAUUCUGGGUGGCGCAAUGCAGUGUACCUACCUGGUUGGAUCGGCGAUUCCCGUGUUCUUGAUGGAUCGGUACGGGCGUCGUACCCUCCUGAUGGUGUGUUCGGCGGGAUUGUGUCUCUGCUUCGUGAUGGUGUCGAUCCUACUUUCGCUAGACCGGGAGGACUGCGCCUACGGAGCGACCGCCUUUAUCUUCAUCUUCCAGAUCUUUUAUGGUGUGGGCUGGCUGCCUGUGCCGUGGUUCUACCCGGCCGAGCUGAAUACCACGCGGGUGCGGACGCGAAUGCAGGCCAUUGCGUCGGGAUGGAACUGGAUGGCCGUGUUCGCCGUGGUGAAGAUCACCCCGAUCGCAUUUGACAACAUUGGCUGGCGCACCUUCGUCAUCUUUGCUGUCCUGAACGCCGUAUUUAUCCCGAUGGUGUAUUUUUUCUACCCAGAGACCAAAGGCCUAGAGCUGGAGGAUAUUCCCUUGCUCUUCCACAAGGGUGGAAUUACCGGGGGCGUGUUCACCUCGAAGGGCGGGCGAACAGUCACACCAGGCCAGCACGCGCUGCAAGCCCACGUCGACCAAAAGGUCGAGGGCACAGUACAGCAAGUGGAGGACAUUAGCUGA